AUGGAGGGGAUCCGUCUGUUGCAGGGUCACCGGGACUCCGUGGUCUCCCUCGACUUGUACACUCCCUUUGCUGCUGCAGCUAGCUGCUGUUGCUGCUGCUGCUGCUGCUGCUGCUCGCCUGCAGCCCUCCCGUCUGCAUCAGCGGCUGCCCCCAGCAGCUGCGCCCACAGCAGCAGCAGCAGCAGCAGCAGCAGCAGCUGUUUGCUGCUGAGCUGCAGCGAAGACCGCACAGUCCGCCUGUGGGACCUGCGGCAGCAAAAGGGGCCCCUCUGUCUCUCAUUAGACCCUUGGGGGGCCCCCGGCGCUGUGGGAGCAGCAAAGUUUGCUGCUGCUGCUGCUGCUGCUGCUGUUGCUGUUGUUGCUGCUUGCGGCAGCAAGCUCCUUACCUUCGACCUGCGGCACACGCUGCGGCCCCUUCAGCAGCAGCAGCUGCAGCAAGGCCAGCAGCAGCAGCAGCAAGAACAACAGCAGCAGCAAGAACAGCAGCAGCAGCAGCAACAGCAGCAGCAGCAAGAACAGCAGCAGCAGCAGCAAGAGGGGCUUGAGGCUAGUGCUGCUGGGAUUACGCCCUCGGUGAUAGACUUGAGGGCUCUUUGUUCCGGAGAAUCAGCAGCAGCAGCAGCAGCUGCUGCAACAGCAGCAGCAGCAGCAGAAGAGAAGGAGGAAGCAGACGGCGAUUGGGACAUAAACGACUUUGACGUAUGGCAGCCUCCUGCUGCUGUGCUGCAGCAGCUGCUGCGCAGCAGCAGAAGCAACAGCAAAAGCAGCAGAAGCAGCAAGAAAUCCGCAGCAGCUCCUUCUGCAGCAGCAGCUGCUGCAGCAGCAACUUCUCCUACAUCCGAGGGCCCCCUCAUCGCCGUUCCCACAGACGGCGGCAGAGUAGUGCUGCUGCAGCAGCAGCAGCAGCAGCUGAAGGAAACAGCGGAAGCAAAGCUGCUGCGCCAGAAACCCUGGCUGGGAAAGCUGCCCCAUGGCGUUCGAGUAAACCCUCUAGAGAUUGCUCACUUUGCUGCUGCUGCUGUGGCUGCUGCUGCAGCUGCUGCUGCAGCGGUGUUUCAUCUUUCUGCUGCUCCGCAGCACAGCAACAUUUGCGGCGUCGCCAGAUUCAGGAAAAGCUGCGCCGCCGGCCUCAUCACAGGAGGCUACGACUGUCUCCUGAACACGUGGGAUUUGCUGCAGCAGAAGAAGCAGGGGUGUAUAGACACCCAGAAGAUAGCAGCAGGAGGAGGGGGGCUGCAGCAGCUGCAGCAGCAGCAGCAGCAACAGCAGCAGCAGCA